CAAAUAUCAAGCUGGCCGCCAAAAGGAUGCUCUCGGAUUCCCCAGCCGGGGGCCAUGCAUAGGCCUGGAGCAGACACCCCCUCCUUCCCUUCAUGAUUCGAUUGUAGCGCAGUGGCGAUGAAUGAUGAGGACAGGAAAUGCUUACUGGACGUGAUUUGUGACCCUCAGGCCCUCAAUGACUUCCUGCUUGGAUCAAAGAAGCUCAACAGUGAUGACCUCCUGGACAAUGCUGGUGAGGCCCCAGGUGCCUUCUAUCAAGGCCCGGAGCUGAACAUGCAGGAAGCUUCCAGUAACCAUCUGAACCCAGAGCCCAGCUACCCGGCCCCUAGUGUGGACCUGAACUUCCUGGAAGAUGACAUCCUCUGCUCACCAGCCACCAGAGGUGGGGGGGCAGCAGGCAGUGGGGGCGCCGACCAGCCCUGCAAAAUACUCCAGCAAAGCCUGCAGGAAACCAACAUCACCGAGCAGACCCUGGAGGCCGAGGCCAAGCUGCACCUGGGCCCCUUCCAGCUGCCUACCCUGAAGCCAGCAGAUGCUGUGGCCGGCCCUGCUGGGGCUGCAGGCACUACUGCCAUGGCCACAGGGCCCCAGGUGCUCUUUUUGGCAGAACCAACUGUGCUGACACACCAGGCCCUGGUGCCGCCCCAGGACGUGGUCAACAAGGCCCUGAGUGUGCAGCCCUUCCUGCAGCCUGUGGGCCUGGGCAAUGUGACCCUGCAGCCCAUUCUGGGCCUUCAGGCCCUGCCCAAUGGCAGCCCUGGGGAUGUCCCAGCGGCCACACUCGGCCUGGCACCCAUCCAGAUGGUCAGCCAACCUGUCAUGGCACAACCACCCACCUCCCACUUACUGUCCAAGCAGGUGCCCAUCAGCGGCUACCUGGCCUUGGCAGUCGGCCCCUCAGAGCCCAUGACACUGGCCUCUGCUGGUGUCUCCCCACAGGGGGCUGGCCUGGUCAUCCAGAAGAACCUCCCAGCUGCCGUGGCCACCACGCUCAAUGGGAACUCGGUAUUCGCCAAUACUGGUACAGUCACGGCCACAACUGGUGGAACAACUUCAGGACAGCCACUGGUGGUGGCUCUGGGCCUCGGCAUGGCACCACUGGUCCCAGCGCCCAACGUGAUCCUGCACCGUACACCCAUGCCCAUCCAGCCCAAUCCAGCAGGGGUGGCGGCCCCCAAGCUAUACCAACUGAUGCCUAAGCCCUUUGCACUUUCCAGUACCACACUCACAAUCCAGGGUGAGCCGGGCUCCCUCCCACCACAGCCCAAGGCACCACAGAACCUAACCUUCAUGGCAGCUGGCAAAGCUGGCCAGAACAUGGCACUGUCAGGCUUCCCCGUGCCCACCCUGCAGGCCAGCAUCUUCAGGCAGCCACUGGCCACCACAACUGGGGCAACACCACUGCAGCCACUGGGCGCUCUGAGAAAGCCCAUGAGUGUGCACCUGCUGAACCAGGGCAGCAGUAUCAUCAUCCCUGCCCAGCACAAGCUGCCUGGCCAGAACUAGUUCCUGCUGCCUGGCACCCCCAACAUCCAGCUCCUGCAACCACUCGCAGCCCUGCCAGCCAAUGUGGGUGGCCAGAUCCUGGCUGCUGUGACCCCUCACGCCACGGGACAGCUCAUUACCAACCUCAUCCUCACAAACCAGAAGUUCGCAACCCCGAUGAGCCUGGACCCUGUGCUGGCCCCACCCUGUGCACACAGCACUGCCACACACUUCCUCUCCUCUGCGUCCAUCCAGGUGGGCCAGCCCACGCUCUCCCAGAUGCCCGUGUCGCUGGCAGCAGGCAGCCUGCCCGCACAGAGCCAGCCUACACCCGCGGGCCCCACCACCACCACACUCCUGCAGGGCAUCACCCUGCCUCCCAGUGCCUUGGCCAGCAGCUCCUCCGCUGUAGAGGCUGUCUCCUCCACAACUACCACUGGGGAGACCACCCCCACACUCACUGUGCAGCCCACCCUACCAGCACCCCCUGCAGCCGCAGCCAGUACAACCCUGCCCCUGGGCCUCCAGCAGGCGCAGGUACAGAAGUCCACCUAGGGCACGGCCCCUCCAACUGCUGCCCCACCUCAGGCCAGCACCGCACAGCCCAACCCAGGCCUGGCAUCCAGCCCAGAGAAGAUGGUCCUUGGGCAGCCACUACCCUCAGCUACCACAGUCAUCCUCAUUCAGGACUCCCUACAGAUGUUCCUGCUCCAGAUCCCGCAGCUGCUCCACUGUCCACUGAAGGGCCCCAGUCCUUCCUCGUCCCCCUUGCUACCUCACCAGGCCCCACUGGGAGACAGCCCACUCCUACCCUCCCCACAUCCAGCCCAACCUCCCUCCCGCUCCCCUGCCAGCACCACUCUCACCCCCCCUUCCCAGCCCCAGAGCCUGUCCCGUCCCCCUUCUGAACCCACGCUGCACCCUCCUCCCCCACCCCAGGCCCCACCCACCCUGCCAGGCAUCUUCAUUAUCCAGAACCCACUGGGCAUCCCCCAGGCUGCCAGCACCCCAGCCCCCACCGUGGCCGGCCCCCAGCCUCCUCUGCCAGCUGAGGGGGCCACUGCCUCCCACCCUCCACACCAUGCCACCCAUCCCACACCGGCCUCCACCGUGGCUUCCUCUGAGACAUUCACCAGGGUGCCCGUCCACCUGCCAUCUGACUGUCAGUUUCAGUUCCCAGCUGGCCAGGGACCCCACAAGUCCCCCACAAUCCCACUGAGCCCCCACCUGCUCCCCGAGCCCGUGGUGCCCCCGCUGCCGCCCCCACAGACCUUCUAGAUGGUGGCUGCCCCCUUCCCAGCUCUGCCCCUGCCAAAGGCCCUGCUGGAGAGAUUCCACCAGGUAACUUCUGGAAUCCUCCUCCAGCACAAACCAGGCGGGGUCUCUGCUGCCACCCCACAGGCCCUGGCCAGCCCCACGACCUCCGUGCUGGUCAGUGGACAGGCCCCCUCUGGAACCCCCGCAUACCCCAGCCAUGCCCUUGUCCCGGCACCCAUGGCCAACACAGGCCUCCCUCCUCUGCUCCCGUUACCCGGCAGCCUCCCAGCCCUGAGUGUGACCAAGGGCCCUGUACCUUAACUGCAGCUGAAGAAGGUCCCUGCACUGCAACCCAGCAAGGAGGCCUGUUUGGAGCAUUUGCACAAUCACCAAGGCUCCAUGCUGCACCCCGACUGCAAGACCACCUUCCCCUCCCUGCAUGAUGCCCUGCAGUGCCUGCUGCCCUACCACGUGUACCAGGGCGCCCUCCCCUGCCCCAGCAACUACCACAAGGUGGAUGAGGAAUUUGUAACAGUCUCCACCCAGCUACUGAAACGCACCCAGGCCAUGCUCAGUAAGUAUCGACUCUUGCUCCUGGAGGAGUCUCAGAGGGUGAGCCCCUCAGUGGAGAUGGUCAUGACUGACCGAAUGUUCAUUCAGGAGGAAAAGACCACCAUUGCCUUGGACAAACAGCUAGCCAAGGAGAAACCUGAUGAGUACGUGUCUUUCUUGCGCUCCGUCAGCCUCCCAAUCCCAGCCUCUUCUGAUGGCCAUCUGCUGUCCAGCCACGGAUCCGCAUCGUCCUCCUCCACCACCUCCUCCCUGCCGCUGUCACACCUGCCCACCAGGCUUGUGAUCUGGCAUGGCGGGGCUGGUGGAUUGCCGUCUGUGACCUGGGCGCAGAUGUCCUCCUCCCUGUCCUCCUCCUGCUCCACGGCCUCCUCCCUGCACGCCAAGGACGGCCCCAUGCCCUCCUGCAACCUCCAGCUCAUCAAGACCUACAAGGCGCGGAGCCACAUCGGUUUCAAGCUCAAGAUCAAACAGGAGGCUGGGCCCAGGAAGGUGGUGCACAACAGGGCACUGGACCCCAUGCACCAGCCGUCCCUGGCGCCCCAGAGCGCCGAGCCCCCGCUGCGCCCACCCUUGCCAGCACCAGCCCCGGCCUGCCAGAUGAACCGCACCAUGGACCACCCGCCACCUCCGGCGCCACCCGCCACACGCAAGCUGGUGGCCGUGGAGGACGAGCUGUACCAGUGGCUAUUUAAGGGCACCGCCAUUCCGCCUGAGACCGCCCACACAGUAGCCCAUGCCAACGGUGGGGAUGCCGGCUGGGAGGCCCCAACAAUGCCACCCGAGCGGGGCAAGUCCGACUCCCCAGACGUGGACCUCGCCAGCUUCUUGCGCUACAGUCCACAGGACGACACUCUCAAGGAGCACUUGCAAAGUGCCAUCUACAGCACCCUGAACCUGCAGCAGGUGCCAAGUCGGCCACAAGGUGCGCCAGCACCAGCUGCCUCCCUGCCACCCCUGCAUGCACCGGCCAGAUGCCUACCCACCCUCCAGCUUCAAGGUGGCCUGGGUCACCAGAACGUUGAACAGAUAACAGCGAGCAGCCAGGACCACCCAUCCAAUGUCUCAGUUAUUGCAGUCACUGAGGGCCACCUGGCGGAGAUGCGGAAGUGGGGUGCGCACCUGGGGAGGGGCCAAGGGGUGACGGCCCCUCCUUCCCUCCCUCCCCGAGGCCCCCAGUGCCCGUGCCCACCACAGCUCAAACUCGCACAGCGCCUGCAGAAGGGCACCCACAGCAGGGAGGGUCCACCCUGA